AUGAAGGAGAGGCAAAGGUGGCAGCCGGAAGAAGAUGCCCUCCUCCGUGCCUAUGUGAGACAACACGGUGCUAAGGAAUGGAAUCUUAUCUCUCAACGAAUGGGAAUAGCCCUUGACAGGGACCCAAAAUCAUGCUUAGAGCGAUGGAAAAAUUAUCUAAAACCCGGAAUUAAGAAGGGUUCAUUGACACCGGAGGAGCAAAAUCUUGUGAUUUCUCUUCAGGCGAAAUACGGUAAUAAGUGGAAGAAAAUCGCCGCCGAGGUCCCCGGCCGCACCGCGAAGAGGCUGGGUAAGUGGUGGGAGGUUUUCAAGGAGAAACAGCUUAAACAGCUACAGAAAUCGCAUAAUAGCCGCCAGGAGUAUGAUAAUCCGGUAGCGGGCUCCGCCGUGGCCGGUAGUGUGUCGCCGGAGAAGGCGGUGCAAGGGAAGUACGACCAUAUUUUGGAGACUUUUGCAGAGAAGUACGUGCAACCUAAACUGUUUGCAUUUCAGUCCCCUAACAUUAUUAUUCCUCCUAAUCUUCCACUUCCUGAACCGCCUCCGGGUCUUUCAAUCGGUUCAUCCGAACCGGUUCAACUAUCCGGUCCAAUUCUCCCGCCAUGGAUGAAUAACACCACCCACACCCAAACGUCGUCGUCUUUGACAUCGUCUUCUUGCUCCGCUCACUCCCCUUCUGUAAGCCUAACUCUUUCCCCUUCCGAACCGGCGGUUCUCGAUCCGAUUCAACCAGAACCCGGAUUACCCACCCGGUUCCUGCCAAUUAAGCAAAUGAGCACUCUGAUUCAGUACUGCAAAGAGCUUGAAGAAGGAAGACAAAUCUGGUUACUUCACAAGAAGGAAGCUACGUGGCGCCUGACGCGCCUCGAACAGCAACUCGAGUCGGAGAAAACACGAAAAAGAAGAGAGAAAAUGGAGGAAAUAGAAGCAAAAAUAAGAUCUUUAAGAGAAGAAGAAAUGGCGUUUAUGAGCAGAAUUGAAGGGGAAUACAGAGAACAACAGAUUGCAUUGCAGAGAGAUGCUGAGGCGAAAGAGAUGGAGUUAAUGGAAGCAUGGUGCAGUAAGCAUGUGAAAUUGGCUAAACUUGUUGAACAAGUUGGGUCCCGCCAUGGCGGCGCUGGUGCAUGGUCUAAAGAUUUUCACUUAUAA